AUGAGGGCCAAAUUGCGAGCCAUGACCUCGCUUGUACAUCAAGCAACUAGCUCGGCACCUAAGAUCGACCGUGUGUUGAAAGAAAGCCAAAGCACACCGUUCACGACCCGAAUCACCGAUUUCCCGAUAAGAACUCAAGUGAAGUUCAAUCUCCCGACGUAUACUGGCAACUCGGACCCAAGCCAAUUCAUGGCCGCAUUCAGCAUUCAAAUGGGCCGAGCACGAUUCACCCCCGAGAAGAAAGAUGUAGGCUUUUGCCAACUGUUCGUCAAAAAUCUCAGCGGUGCGGCCCUCGUCUGGUUCUCCAAGUUAAAGGUGAACUCGAUUGACAGCUACCAAGCAUUGUCGACUGCAUUCCUCAAGAGGUACAUGAUGUAUAUCCAAGGCGCCGUUUCCAGUGCCGACCUCUACCAGAUUAAACCAGGCGAAAAAGAAUCCCUUCGGUCUUUCAUCGGCAGGUUCAAUGCGAUUGUUUCUCGGAUCACCGUGACUGACGAAGCAUCGCUGCCCGCUCUUCGGAAUGCCCUGCGAAUCGAUUCAAAGUUUCAGGACAGCCUCAAGUUCAGCAAACCCCGAACUCUCGAAGACGCGCUUCACCGUGCCACUUUAUACAUCGAGGACGAGGAAGAAAAAGAGAUCGCGUCACCAGCAAAAGCAACGCCGAAGCAGCAACCCCACAAAGAAAUCCCCAAACAAGAUUAUCAGGAACCUCGACAACACCUCGACAAUAACUAUCGAGGUGACAAUCGCCGAGGAGCGACGUAUAACAUCAGCACUCCACAACAACAAAAUCGCCAGUAUCAAAACCAAUCGAACACCUGGCAACGAGGAGAUCGUGGGGAGGCACGACCUUUCUGCGACUAUCACAACAAAUACGGUCACCUAACUGCAAUGUGUCGCGAACUACAGGCCUAUUUGCUCGCCAAAUAUCGAAAGGGGGAGAUCGCAUUAGCAAACCAGCCCCAAAACGCCGCGCCGCGAAACAACGAAGCUCGACCAACGGCUCCCACCGAGCAACUUCCGCCUCCUCCCCCAACGAAUGAGCGAUUCAACGACGAUCUCGCAAAGAGAGAUCGAGGUAACCAACCUCGAGGUGACACUCCUCUGGCAUCUCGAAAGAAGGUGUUCUUUAUCAUGGGAGGCCUAUCAACGUGCAACGAUUCCGUCAGGUCAAUAAAAAAAUACGGCCGACAGGUCAUGCUCGCACAAAAAUGGCAAGUCAAAAGUCCCAAGACCGCCAAUAAUGCUGCGAUCACAUUCACCGAGGCCGACACGGAAGGAGUCGACAUGCCACACAACGAUCCGCUUGUGGUCGAGCUGCGGAUCGUAGAUUGCAAAGUGUCUCGGAUACUGGUUGAUACAGGGAGCUCGGUCGACCUGAUUUUCAAAGAAACGCUUGACAAAAUGGAACUGGCGAACCAUCACCUCAAGUCCUCGGUUAAGCCACUUACAGGAUUCGACGGAGAUACGGUCUACUCGAUCGGGACGAUCAGGCUCCCUGUUUACGCGGCAAAGACAACCCGCCUCGUCAAAUUUGUCGUUCUAGAACGUAAUUUUGGGAACGCCCUGGCUACAAUCCAUGAAGGCGGUGCCGUCGACCUAUCAUCAAUGCCUCAAGUUCCCAACCGCGUUCGGGGUAAAAACCAUUCGAGGCUCUCAGGAGAUAUCAAGACUCUGCUUCGCCGUUGA